AUGGAUUAUGAUCGAGAUACUGAUGAUGACAUGAAAAUAGAGAGUGAUAGUGACGGUGAGAUUGACAAGAAAACCAUCCAGACAGUAAUAAUCUUGGCGGCUACUGCUAUUGCAAUAGCAGUGGAGAAGUAUUCAAAAAUAUUCCUUCAUAAAGAGCCUUACCGUAUUCAGAGACUCCGUGGCAUUACUGAGACACAACUAAUUAUUGAUGGUUCAGAGAGGACGUGUCGAAACUUGAUAAGAUUGAGCAAGAGGGCUUUUUAUAGCUUAUGUGACAUGCUGCGACAAAGGGGUCUACUGUAUGACAACAAAUUAGUGCAAGUAGAGGAACAAGUGGUGAUAUUUUUACACACAGUUGGCCAUAAUGUUAAGAACCGAGUAGUUUCACAUAUGUUUGGCCAUUCUAGGGAGACUAUAAGUCGAUACUUUAACAAGGUAUUGGAUGGAAUAAUGAAAUUGUACCCACUACUGCUCAAGCCUCCAAGUACAACAACGCAUAAGCGAAUCACAAGUAACGGUAGUAGAUUCUAUCCAUACUUCAAGGACUGCGUUGGAGCCAUAGAUGGUUCACAUAUCCCAGCAUGGGUUCAAGUAGAACAACAUCGUUCAUUUCGUGAUAGGCAUGGAUGUAUAUCCCAAAACAUCCUAGCUGCAUGCGAUUUUGACAAGAAGUUUACAUAUAUACUUGCUGGCUGGGCAGGAUCGGCAUCAGAUUCUCGAAUAUUGGAUAAUACCAUACACAGGGUAGGAGAAGGAAGGUUAGUGGUAUCUGAAGGCAAAUUCUAUCUUGUUGAUGCUGGGUUUCCUAAUCAGAAAGGAUUCUUGAGACCAUUCCGUAAUGUUCAAUAUCACAAAAGAUUCAAGAUAUUGAAAAAUCAGCCUGAAUAUCCUUUUAAGACACAAGUCAAGAUUGUGAAUGCCUGUGUUCUUCUUCAUAAUUUGUGUUUGACUGUAAAUAGUUAUGAGGAAGAGGAGUCAUUUUUCGAAGCUGAGGAAGAAGAAGAAUCUACUUUCAACAGUGCUAGCAUAACAGUAGAAACAGAUGUGGAAUCUGAGGAUGAUGACAAUGUUGUUCAAGGUAUUGGUAAUGUGGAAUGGGAUCAAUUCCGAGAAGGCAUGGCUGACAACAUGUGGGGCAGCUGGAUGGGAGGCGGUGUAGAUGAUGAUGAUAUGUAUAAUGAUCUUAAUGGUUUUGAUGAUGUGAAUGAUUCAGAUUGA